AUUACUAUUAUUUUAACGAAAUUACCACGGAGAUUAUUUAUAAAAUGCCUAUACAUUUAACUGUAGUUAUUUUAGGUAUUUGUCUGCAUUAUUAGGUACUUAAAAUAUUCUGUAUUCGUCUGACCCGCAGACAGCAGUUUAAUCACUAAAUAAUAUAACCUCACUAAGCAUUCUAAUCAGUCUACAAUUUUAUCAUUGUAUACAUAAUGUGUUUUGUUAAUAAUAAUUACUAUGAUAUAAUAUUAUAUUAUACUAUACAGUUUAAGGCAAUAAAUCCAUCAAUAGAUAAUACAAAUCUGGUCAAUAGAUAUUUUACUGGUAACCAGGAAUAAUGUUUUUAAAAAACCAAUUCUAAGCAGAACAAUUUCAAAAACCAUUCUUCAAACCUAAACGACAAAGAAAAAAUAUAGUUUAACAGUCAACGACCCCCCCCCCUCCCCAUUAUCAGAACCGAAACCGAUUAAAUUUGAAACGGUUUCGAGCCCUAGUCGUAGAACAUUCUACAUUACAUCCGAGUUCGAUUCGUACGUGUAACGUACCUAUUACAUCGAUUAUACGCUGUACAGGUAACUAUUCGAGACUGGCUUGCGAGAUCCAAUUCGUGCGAUCCAUGGGCUACUAUCUGAUCCAAAUCUACAUACCCAGCGGACUGAUCGUCAUCAUAUCCUGGGUGAGCUUUUGGCUGAACCGGAAUGCCACGCCGGCCAGAGUGGAUUUGGGUGUCACCACCGUGCUGACCAUGACCACGCUCAUGUCAUCCACCAACGCGGCGCUGCCGAAGAUAUCGUACGUGAAAUCCAUCGACGUGUACCUGGGAACGUGUUUCGUCAUGGUGUUCGCCUCACUGUUAGAGUACGCCACCGUCGGGUACAUGGCAAAGAGGAUACAGAUGAGGAAAAAUCGUUUUCUGGCCAUACAGAAGAUCGCCGAACAGAAGAAGGGUGGCCACGACACACUCGGUCACGGGCACUCGCAUCAACAGCAGCGCUCAGGUCACGGCAACAUGUCCGGUCACAAUACUCUGUCCGGUCACAACACUCUUUCCGGCCACAAUACCCUUUCCGGCCACAAUACGGUGUCUCAUGGCUUGUCGGGCCACGGCUUGCCACCUUCCCAUGGGACAAUGGCGGGCCAUGGUGGAUACGACAGCCACCGGCACAGUCACAGUGGCCACGGUGGUCACGGUGGCACCUUGCCGAGCCAAAUCCUUUCUGGAGACAUGGACCACUCGCACAGACAAACUGAGGUGCGAUUCAAGGCCCACGAUCCAAAGAACUACCUCAAGGGCGGAUCGCUGGAGAACACCAUCAAUGGCCGCGGGGACGACGACUGCAACAUCACCCCAUUACCGCCGCAGCACGUCAUGCACCCGAGCAAGGACAUCAACAAGCUGUACGGCAUCACGCCCAGCGACAUCGACAAGUACUCGAGAAUCGUGUUCCCGGUGUGCUUCGUUUGCUUCAACCUCAUGUACUGGAUCAUCUACCUGCACAUCAGUGACGUGGUGGCCGAUGACCUGGUAUUGCUCCAGGCGGACAAGUAGACCUAUUCGCUGACUUUGUGUCGCAGCGACGACGAUGACCCGAUAAUAUAAUAUACUACAAUAAAAUAUAACAUUUUUAUCUAGGUUUAGUAUAAGAGCUCAACUACGAAAAAUACUGCAUCCCGAGUAUAUUAAAUUAUUAUUAUUAUUAUAGUAAUUGUACGAUUAUAAUAUUAUUAUUAUUAAGGGAAUAUUAGGGCAGAGAAUUAUAUGACCUAAAAACCAACUAAAUAAUAUUUAUGAUGAUAUGCCCUAAAAAUUAACAAAUUAUGCCCAAAAAUAUGCUCUAAGAAAAAAGAAAAUUCUAAUGUA